ACGGGGGAAGUUCUCCACCAAUUGUUUCGGUCCUGAGAGGAGCUCGGCGGUCGGACCCUCCCUCCUCCUAUCUCUCUCCCCUCUCUCCUCCUCUGUUUCUCUCUCCUCCCCUUGUUGUGACAGAGCACACCUGCUUGAUCUUGGCCGCACGCGCUCCGAGUCCAAUUACCCCACAGGCCCUCGCAGCCACUUCACAGUCUCAUCCCCCCACUCGACUGGAUUUUUGGGAGUCAAGCUCAUCUCGCACACUUCUGCUCUCUUCGCCUUGCUUCUACUGAGAACAGGCUUCCUGCUAGCAGCACCAUGAGGUCAGCCUGUCUCUCUUUGCUCCUGGUCACGGCCUGCUGGGCUCUGCCCUUCCGCCAGUCCGGUUUCCUAGACUUCAUGAUGGAGGAUGAGGCAGGAUCGGGUUUGCCUGAAGAUAAAAUAGAUGUAAGCUUCCCUCCCAUGCCUGAAGGACCCAAGUGCCCCUUCAGAUGCCAAUGCCACCUGCGAGUGAUCCAGUGCUCUGACCUCGGUCUGAAGGCUGUUCCUGGAGACAUCCCAGACGACACCACUCUGCUGGACCUGCAGAACAACAAGAUCACUGAGAUCAAGGAGAAUGACUUCAAGAACCUCAAAGGCCUGCAUGCUCUGAUCCUUGUGAACAACAAAAUCACCAUCAUCCACGCCAAGGCCCUCAGCCCUCUGACCAAGCUGCAGCGUCUCUACCUGUCUAAGAACAUGCUGAAGGACGUGCCCGCCAACAUGCCCAAGAGCCUGCAGGAGCUGCGCAUCCACGAGAACGAGAUCACCAAGAUCAAGAAGGCCUCCUUCCAGGGCAUGGGCCACAUGAUCGUCAUGGAGCUCGGGUCCAACCCUCUGAAGAGCGCUGGAAUUGAGGCCAACGCUUUUGUUGACCUGAAAAGGGUCUCUUACAUUCGCAUCGCAGACACCAACAUCACAGACAUUCCCAAAGGUCUGCCCAGCUCUCUGUCUGAGCUCCACCUGGAUAGCAACAAGAUCACCAAGGUGACGGCUGCCAACCUCCAGGGCCUGAAGAACCUGGCCAAGCUGGGUCUGAGCUACAAUGAGAUCAGCUCUGUGGAAAAUGGCACUCUGGCUAACGUCCCCCACCUGAGAGAGCUGCACCUCGACAACAACGCUCUGACCAGCGUUCCCGCUGGCCUGCCUGACCACAAGUACAUCCAGGUGGUCUACCUCCACGCCAACAAGAUUGCUGCUGUGGGAACAGGGGACUUCUGUCCUCCUGGCCUCAACCACAAGAAGGCCAUGUACUCUGGCAUCAGCCUGUUCAGCAACCCCGUGCCUUACUGGGAAGUCCAGCCCAUCACCUUCCGCUGCGUCUUCGACCGCUCCGCCAUCCAGCUCGGCAACUACAGGAAGAAGUAGAGCGACCCUGCGCGCCUCUGCGAGGAAGUGUGUGUUUGUAAAUGAGUGUGUGAAAGUUUUCUAAGUGUGCGUGUUUGACCGCAGCCCCACAACACUGACGCCCUGCCAACACUGCCUCCCCGCCCCCUCCACAAAUGAUGAUGUCAUUAAUCCACGCGCUCAUUUCAAAAUCUUAGUGGACAUGGACCUCAAACGCAACAUAUCAUUUUCAUUAUUUAGCUUCAAGGUUGGUGCAACAGUAGUACACACGGCUUACAAGCACACACCAGCGUACGGCGGUGAUGCUCUCACACACAGCACAUCAUUUCAUAGACACAGUUUAGCAAAGUAUUAACAAACAGCCAUUUUUAUUCAGUGGACAAAUUAAAAAUCCUGAGGUGGUCCCUAACCAAAAGGAUUCGACACCUCACACAGUGGAAAAUCUCCCAAAUCCCACGUUGAUAAACUUCCUCCACCUUUAGCCAUUGUAUGAAUUCUAAGAGAGCUGGCCUGUAGAGCAGGCAGCAAGGGGUUAACUUGUGUUUUACAAUACCUUUAACAACUGGUAUCCUAGAAUGUACUAGAUAUUACCUGUGUACUAGGAUUAGCAUUUAGAGUGUAACAUUACCACGCUGCACUCCUUGAAAGAACUCCUAGUUUCUAUUUGUAUUGUACUCAAUUCAAGUAGAGAUAAAAAGCAACCGUGACUUCUCUCACAUUGUGAUUUCUUGUGCUUACUUCAGUGUUGAUUUAGUCCUGGGUGUUUCCACUCUUUCUUUUCAUCACAUUUCCUCUCCUGUUCCUAGUGUAUGUUGUUCAAUUUAAAAAAAACAAGGUGAAAAUAGCUUAUAAAAAAAUGUAGAAUAAACCAUAUAUGUUUUAAACAGAAGCCAUUCCCAAAGAUUUAUAUGCAUGCUCUUUUUAUUUUAUUUUUUUCCUUUCAACUUGAACCUGGUGCUUUCUGGAAUCUCUUGUUAAUGCGUGUAUGUAUUUCUCUCCAUGUUUCCCUGCCCUUUAUUUCUUUUUUUUUCUUUUUUAAAAGUCAAGAAUAAUUGGACGGUGUAUGUGGACCGGCAUGCCCACUGCAACCAUGUUGGUGUGAAUGUUGUAUGUAUAGACGCUGUAUAUAAAUGCUGUAUAAAAACCUCUCAUUUGCUUAAAGGCACAAGCACUUAUCAUAGCUCAGACUUAAUAUAUCAGCAACAAAAGGUGUUCCUCUUUUUUUUUCCGGAGCAGGGGCUCCAGCUAAGGUGUCCUGAACAAAAUAAAAAUACUAAUGGAAAAAGUA